AUGUCAAUAGCGGGACGCUACGCGCAAGGGUCCACUGAGACAGUACUUGACAGAGUCAUGUCUUCGUACGCCUCGUCUAUCAAGGGAUUGAUAUAUGGACGCCUGCACCGUCUUGAUAAACCCACCAGGCCUCCAUCUGGCCAUGCUAUCCUGGUUGCCAUGCGCAAAACACCAGACUUGUCCAUGAAUGGAAUACUUCCUUUCGCUGCCGCUGAAGUGGAGAUGUUGAACGACCUUUGCCCGUCACUCCGGCUGAAACCAAUUAAACCGACCCUGCGUAAAGAGGACGUUCUUAAACAUUUGCACUCGUGUAGGAUAUUCCAUUUUGCAGGCCACGGGCGGUCGGAUCCAAUGGAACCUUCGCAGAGCUGUUUGCUCCUCGAGGAUUGGAAAACCAAGCCACUAACCGUGGGAGACCUCCGCGACCACAAGCUCCAAGAGAACCCGCCGUUUCUUGGUUAUCUCUCGGCUUGUUCGACUGGGGCCAACGAGGCGGAUAGACUCGCAGACGAGGGAAUCCAUCUUGUCAGCGCCUUCCAACUCGCAGGUUUCCGACAUGUUGUUGGAACGCUCUGGGAAGUCUCGGACAAGCACUGUGUUGAUGUGACGAGAGUGCUCUACGAGACGAUGCGAACUGGCGCCAUGAGUGAGUUAGAAGAGGCCAUUCGUAUGACGGAGGACGCAAUAAAUAUUGUGCCAAAAACUUCCGCGUUGGGCAACCAGUACCGCCUGUCCUGA